UCAGUUGCCGAAAGGUGGGGACAUUUCCUGCCGCCUUUGCAACACUAAGGUGUCUCAAGGGAGGCUGUGCCCCAUUCUGAGCUCCAGGCCGAGAAAGUGAGGGCCAGGGCAGCCCUGCCAGGGGAGACACCAGCUCACUGCCUCCCGGUUUGCACCCGACCAUGUCCCUGGCCGAGACCAUCAGCCUCUGGAAUGAAGGGGUGCUAGCAGCCGACAAGAAGGACUGGAAGGGAGCCCUGGACGCCUUCACCGCUGUCCAGGACCCACACUCCAGGAUUUGCUUCAACAUCGGCUGCUUGCACACGAUCCUGGGAAGCAUGCCCGAGGCGGAGAAGGCCUUCACCGAAAGCAUUAACCGAGACAAGCACUUGGCAGUGGCCUACUUCCAACGAGGGAUGCUCUACUACCAGAUGGAGAAAUAUGAUUCCGCCCUUAAAGACCUUAAGGAGGCCCUGACUCAGCUUCGAGGGAACCAGCUGAUCGACUACAAGAUCCUGGGGCUACCGUUCAAGCUGUUUGCCUGUGAGGUGUUAUAUAACAUUGCUUUCAUGUACGCCAAGAAGGAGGAAUGGAAAAAGGCUGAGGAACACUUAGCAUUGGCUGUGAGCAUGAAGUCUGAGCCGAGACAUUCCAAAAUCGACAAAGCCAUGGAAAGCGUUUGGAAACAGAAGCUGUAUGAGCCAGUGGUGAUCCCUGUGGGCAGGCUGUUUCAGCCAAAUGAAAGGCAAGUGGCUCAACUGGUCAAGAAGGAUUACCUAGGCAAGGCCACGGUCGUGGCAUCUGUGGUGGAUCAAGACAGCUUCUCGGGGUUUGCCCCUCUGCAGCCACAGGCAGCUGAGCCUCCGCCCAGGCCCAAGACCCCAGAGAUCUUCAGGGCUCUGGAAGGAGAAGCCCACCGUGUGCUGUUUGGGUUUGUGCCUGAGACACCAGAGGAGCUCCAGGUCAUGCCAGGGAACAUCGUCUUUGUCUUGAAGAAGAGCAGUGAUAACUGGGCUACGGUCAUGUUCAACGGGCAGAAGGGGCUUGUUCCCUGCAACUACCUUGAACCAGCUGAACUGCGGAUCCAUUCUCAGCAGAAGCCCCAGGAGGAAACCUCGCAGGAGCCUGAUAUCCCAGGUCCUCCCAGUUCCAGGGCUCCUGGGAGACCCCAGUUGUCACCAGGUCAGAAUGAAAAAAAAGAGCCCAAGGAAGUCAAGCUCAGCGUCCCCAUGUCCUACACACUCAAGGUGCACUACAAGUACACAGUGGCCAUGGAAACUCAGCCCGGGCUCCCCUACAGCCAGGUCCGGGACAUGGUGGCUAAGAAGCUGGAGCUCCUACCGGAACAUACGAAGCUGAGCUAUCGGCCUCGGGACAGCAGUGAGCUGGUGCUCCUUUCAGAAGACAGCAUGAAGGAUGCCUGGGCCCAAGUGAAAAACUACUGCCUGACUGUGUGGUGUGAGAACACAGUGGGUGACCAGGGCUUUCCAGAUGAAACUGAAGAAACCAAAAAAUCCGAUGCUAAUAACCAGACAACAGAAGCUCAGCUUAAGGAAGGGAGCCAAGUGGUAGCACUCUUCAGCUACGAGGCUACCCAGCCAGAAGACCUGGAGUUUCUGGAAGGGGAUGUAAUCCUGGUGUUAUCAAUGGUGAAUGAAGAAUGGCUGGAGGGGGAGUGCAAAGGGAAGGUUGGCAUUUUCCCCAAAGUUUUUGUUGAAGAACGGACAACGGCAGACUUGGAAAGCACUCCCAGAGGAGUCUAGGAUGUUUCACAACCUGCAAAGCUGAAGAGAAGGAGGCACUAUCAUUUGCAAGAUUUAGCACGCCUCUGCAGCACACUCUACAGACAUCGCUGUUUGGACGUAUUAAUUCAUCUACUUUUCCCUGUUAAAAUUUAACCUAUUAGACAGUGAUGUGGAACUUAAGACGAUGAUUACCUUGGAGGUGGCGAGGGGGUGGUGGUUGGAAGAGUCUGGAAGGGCAUGAGGGGGGUCUUCCAGGGCACCGAUAAUCUGUUUCUUGCUCUGAGUGCUGGCUACCCAGAUAUGGUCAGUUCGUGAAAAUUCACCGAGUUGUAUACUUACUAUUGGUACAGCUCUGUGUGUGUGUGAUGCCUCAAUAAAAAACUUACAAAAACAAGAUACCCAGAGUGCAGGCCCAAGACCUAAGUGUAAUUACCCCCAUUCCUAUCAGACUCCUAGGGCCUCAGGUUACUUUACAGGUAAUUCAGAAGGCACGCGCACACACACACAAAAUUAACAUUUUGGGGGGUUAACGGUCUUGUUGCUUAAACAGAACCUAGACUGAGUUAUGUACCCCUGAAAUACGGCUUUUAAUUCCACAGAAAAUUAAAAUACUAGAACUACAUCCCUUCAUGUGUUCUCAGGGAGGAACAUUUCUUAAGAGUUCAAUAACGAAUGUAUGCCACGAAUAAAUAAGAAACGAAAAGCAGCUGUGUUCAGGAAGCCAGUUGGUUAGUACCACCCUACUAGGUAACAUUUUAUAGUAAGUAUUCUGCUAAUAUACAUGAUAGAAUGCUAUCGGUUUAUUCUGGUUAUCAUUUAACCAAAUGGCCCAGUUUUUCAGGGUUAACUUGGGUGAGAGUUUUCCAUAAAUACUAAAGACCUGGACUUAAUCCCCCCACUUCCUUUUGUAGAAUACAUGUGGCUUUGUUGACAAUUUUUCAAGUGUGUAGGUGUGUGUGAAAAGCACAGUUAGGAACUGAAGUGUAGACUGAAUCCACAUCAAGGUGAAAGGGCAGCUGCUGGGCGUGCACACACACACUGGUGAGCUGUGGUGCUGGCUUCUGGCACAUGCAAAGGCCCAGCAGGCUACCACUGGAAAUAUGAGACACAACUUGAAGAAAUACAACACCAAAGCAAAGAACACCAAUUACUGUUGCUGCUCAUCACACUCAGUGAGUUUACUGGGCCAAAAGGAUAAACUAUCUCUGAGUUGCUUUAUUAAGGGUGACAAUAAGGAUAAAAAUGCUGAGCUGUUAAAAGAAUUGACAGUUUCUUUCUACCCAUCCCUUUCCAUAAUCCUGCAUAUUGGUUAGGCACCUUACUAAAAGCAAAAAUAACCCUGAAGCAUAUUUGAUUUUUGACCUUCUUUGCCUUCCCCUAGAUGACUUGUAAGUAGUUUAAGUUUUUGUUUUUUAAGCUGGAUUUUCUUUUAGGAUAAAAAAGAAACAGUCUAUACACAGAUCUGGUUGGAGAGAACAUGGUUUAAUUAAAGGCAAAGCUGAAUUCAGCAGCUGCAGGUCUUGCACAGACAGACCAAAACAAAAAACAAAAACAAAAAAAUAAACACAAAAGAAA